AUGCUCACAUCAACUGAGGAGGCUUACACCCACUACCUGGAGCACCAGGUGGUGGCAGACGGCGUGGAUGCCGCCAUCGUGCGCGCAACACUGCAGCAGAUGGGCUUCGAUGAAAAGACGGUUGCAGCCAUGAUGGGGGACACCAGCACCUACUCUUUGCCCUUCUCCACGAACAGCAGUGCCUCCUCCACCACAUCUACGCUGAUCUCCUCUCUCAAGAAGCCGAGGCGUGCGUCCAGUCUCUCCGCCACCACCACACCCUCGGCCCCAUCAGAGCUGGCGGAUGCGGCACAGCUCCACCGUGUCAUCACCACGCCCACUGAGUCCACCGCCCACGCCGCUGCUCCUGUUCCUGCAGCCGCCGUUCCGGUAACUCCAGCGCCGUCUUCAGUCGUUCAUGAGAGAAGGUGCAGCACCACCGACGCCAGUCAUCCGUACACAUUCUCUCACUUUGCCACUGGUGCUGCCGCCGGAGCUGCUCCGCCAUCCUCUUCCGCCUCUUCCUCCUCUUCCUCCACUGUCCCAUCGUCUGCGCUGUCCCGCACAUUGGUCGCGGGCACCGUCGCAGGUGCAGUCGAGGGGUUUGUUGUUGAGCGCCGCUCUGGUGCGGCGCUCUCUUCGUGGAGUAAUCCCGAAUUAUCUGUCUGCGGGACGGAAGCCAAGGGGCGCGGUGCUGUCACUCUUCUCUCUCGCACAUCGUCGUCUUCACUGUCAGAGGCUACAGUAGCAUCAGCCGCACAGCAUGCCGAGCUCACUGCCGCCGAGCGCGCCAGUUUAGCACGGUGGAUGCACGAGUACCAAGCGCUAAUGCUAUCCUCAGCACUGCCGCGCCGAGCGUCGCGCUCAUGUGCCGACGUGCCAUCUUUAUCGACGGCGCUUCUGCUAUCACCGGAGGAGGCAUUUGACGAGCUCCCUGCUGCUCCGUCCGCAGUUGCGUGCAACGUGCGUACUGAGAACGACGAGUCCAGUGCCGCUUUGCAGGACGAGACUGCUGCGCAGCCACCGUUGCGAUGGAGCGAAGCUGCCGAUCGCGUUUCGAGAAAGGUGGAGGACAGCGACUCUUCUGUCGCUGGCAGCGAUGGCGCGACUUCCUCUAACUGCUCUACCUUCAUUCGCACAGAAGGCGGAUACUCCCCUUACACUGGCGAACUGUUGCGCCAAGAUGGCACGGAUGCCGCGGAGAAGACCCAGGAUGGAGGUGCAGGCUGGGUGUCUGAGCGUCACUAUCGCUCAGCAGCGGCUCGACCGCUCUAUCGCGCUGCUCACGCUGCCGCGCCGCCGCCUACUCGGCGUGCCGUUCCCAAAGCGAAAUCGCCAGCAUUUGUUCCAACGUGUGGCAUAUGCGUCCCUCGUUGCGCCACCGGCUGCAUCCGCUGCCGCUUCGAUGUGGCGCAGUGCCGGCACCCGUAUCGCGAGGCCCAGGAUGUUCGCAUCGUGCGCGCGUCCCACGUUGCCAUGACAAACAAUGGCGAGUACGAACACCGUCCGAUUGCCCUGUCGUGCUGUCGAGCCCGCCAGUUCGAUGCGGCUCAGCAAACCCAGCAUACAGCGCGGGCGCAGCCCACCAGUGGCCGCCGUGUCCCCGUCAUGCACGCCCCUAUCGGCGCGUCGGUGCAGCCGAGAGCUGGUCUGGCAAGUGGGCGUCAGACAAGUACGCUGCCGGUCAAGGUCAAGACGGACCGGGUGCGGUUAGCGCAGUAUUAUCGGCAUCAGUGGGAGGAGCAGGAGCGACGCUCUAGCGCCUCGGGGAGAAGCGCCGCAUGGAAUGCUCGGUACGUGCUGCUAAGUUGCGCGGACUGGGAUGGGUAG